CCAAAAAAAAAAUGUGUCUGUCUCAUUAUCACUAGUCUGACAAUAAUCCUUCAUGACCUUCGGGUUAUUCAUCUAGGCCCACAUGGUGUUAUGAGAUGCAUACUCUAGCUCAAGUGUUCACCAAGGUUCAAUUGAUAACGGCAAUACACAAGUAUUACUGAUGACUUUGAACAGGAAAAAAAUGGAAUUGGGAAAACCCUUGCUAAACUGGGGCAAUCCCAGAAUUGCUAGUCAUUUUAUGAGCAGCUGUUGGUAUGUCAGAGGCUUGGAAUUGGCAUGGUAAAUCUAAAACUGUCUCAGCACUGGUGAGCUGACCUCAUCCAAGUUCCAAUUCCUACUCUGCCUGAUCCCUUUUUCCUGAGCCUCAGAGCUAAAAUGUUCCUGUGCUCUCCUUUCCUAUUGGCUGGGGAGACAGAUUGAAGUUCCCUUGCCCAUGUUAGGAGGUGUACGCCUCCUAAGCUAAAGAUAGAAACAGCUGGCCCUUCCAGGCGGCUAAAAGCCUCCAGGCUGAGGUGUUCCCCCACUCGGCAGCUAGACUCCUUGAUAUACCCUUACAAUACUACCAACGCCUCCAUGUCUCUGUUUUGCCAUAACAAAGGCUGUGGGCAGCAUUUUGACCCUAAUACCAACCUUCCUGGUGAGUAAUCUUGGUCUUGCCAGGGGGGUUCUAGAUCCUGGGGAAUGGUCAGCUUUGGGUAUUGUGUUCAAAAAGUAGGGGAGGAAAUUUGGUGUACUUGCCCUGGUUUAAUUGGCUUGAUACUUAAUCUUGACUGAUUUGAACAUUGAGAGAAGCCUUGAGCAUAUAAACUUGGAAAAGAGGCAGAAAGUCUGAUUUGAUCUAGUUGCUUUUUCUUCCUUGGUCAAUCUUGUCGGUAUGCACAGAUUCCUGUUGCCAUCACCCUGGAGUCCCAAUCUUCCAUGAUGCACUGAAGGUGAGGAGUAGAUAAGGGGGAUAGCAUGAGCAUUUCCCAGUGGACAUCCAGAAAUCUAAGCUGAGCUGGUUUUGUUAUCAGGGUUGGUCUUGCUGCCGGAAGCGAACUGUAGAUUUUUCUGAGUUCUUAAAUAUCAAGGUAAAUUCUUUGUUUCCUUGUAAUCUGCCCUGGCAGAAGGAUUCUGUCCCUAAUCCUCUCCUUGUCUGUACUAGGGCUGUACUGUGGGACCACACUGUGCUGAGAAGCUCCCAGAGGCCCCGCAACUGGAUGGCCCUGCCACGAGCAGUUCACUCCAGGAACAAAAACCUCUGAAUAUGUUUCCAAAGUCAGCAGAGACCUUGCGCCAGGAGAGGCCCAAGUAAAGAGGAGAGGUCCCUGGGUUUUUCCUAUUCACACAGUUCCUAGGUCACUGGGGGCUAGGAAGGAGUACGGUGUCAGGGCUUAGUAUGUUUUGUGCCAUACGCUGAGUGUGUCCAGAAAUACAGCCUUUACAUUAAGGUGGUUAGGGGGUGGUGGACUAUUUUAAGUUGCUUCAAUAGACUAGACAGUAGAAUAUACUCAUGAAUAUACAGUCAACUGUAAUAUGGUAAUACAGUGAACUGUAAAAUGGUGGGUGGGAGCAGUCAUUGACACUUUUCUUUUUAGGAGAGAUUUAAGAUAAAUGGGCCAGAGAGAUAGUACGGCUGGUUGGGUACUUGCCUUGUAUGCGACCCACCCCAGUUUGAAUCCCUGGCAUUGCAUAUGGUCCCCCAAGCACCACCAGGAAUGAUCCCUGGAUACUGGGUGCAGCACCCCCAAAACAAGCAAAAAGUACCAAGAAAAGGAUGUAAUAAAAUUAACAGGAAGCUGCAGUUAUUUUGUUAAAGUACUUUGAGCAACAGAGGAAAACUAUAUUUGAAUACAGUUUGAUUAAGAGAAGGAAAAAAUGACACUGUUAACACAGAAGUGACAUUUAGAGCCUCUGAACCUGAUGGGCAAGAGAAGCUCUGGGUACUUCCCUAAGGAUUUAGGUAUGUCCAAAGAGAUUAAAAAUAGCAAAGGGGCUCCUUCCUAACUUCUUUGGUCCUGCCCUAUGUUCACCACACUGACUCCGUUGCCACUGGUAAGAGUGUUGGAGCUGCUUUUACAUUUAUUUGGGGGCCAUUUCUGCCUGCUCAUUUCUUACUCUUGGCUCUCUGCUCAGGAAUCACUUCUGCCAGGACUUGGGAGGCCAUAUAUGGUAUAUAUGGUUUCAGGGAAUUCAUUUACCUGGGUCAGUGGCAUUCAAAGCAAGCACCUUAUCCUUUGUACUCUGUUGGACCUGUUGGAACUAUUGAUCAUGGAUAAUGGGUCAGAACUAAUUGCCCCACCCAUACGUGCUAGGUCAGAAUUGCCUCCAAAACUACUGCCACUAAAUAUAUCCCAAGCCCUGGAAAUGGCAUUGGAACAGAAGGAACUAGACCAGGAACCUGGAGCAGGACUUGAUAGUAUGAUUCGGACUAGGUCCAGUUGCCAGAACCCAGGAUGUGAUGCUGUUUACCAAGGCCUUGAGAGUGAUGCUACUCCCUGUACCUACCACCCAGGAGCUCCUCGAUUCCAUGAGGGGAUGAAGUCUUGGAGCUGUUGUGGCAUCCAGACCCUGGAUUUUGGGGCAUUCUUGACACAACCAGGAUGCAGAGUUGGUAGACAUGACUGGGGGAAGCAGAUGCCAGCUUCUUGCCGUCAAGAUUGGCACCAGACAGAUUCCUUAGUUGUGGUAACUGUGUAUGGCCAGAUUCCACUCCCUGCAUUCAACUGGGUGAAAGCCAGUCAAACUGAGCUUCAUGUCCACAUCGUCUUUGAUGGUAACCGUGUAUUUCAAGCACAGAUGAAGUUGUGGGGGGUCCCUCUUGUCGGUGCUUGGGAGACCAUAUGUGGUGACAGGGAUCAAACCUGGGAUUCCCGCAUACAAAACCCAUUGAGUGUUCAGCUUUUAUAAUCAAACCUUGAAAUAAAUAUUUUUUUUUUCA